AGUAACAAUGGGCGAGGAGCACCAUCUACUUGAGCCGACCAGCCGAACAUACCGUUCACGCUGGUGGAUCCUUCUGUUAACGUCGCUACAUAUAGCCCACCAAAAUAUCGGCCUCAACACCUGGGGGCCAAUAACACAGUCUGUUAAAAAAGCCUUCGACUGGGAGGAUAAUACUGUAGUGUUCAUCCUCAACAUGGGACGAGUGGGUAGCAUCCUAUACAUGUGUAUCGGCUCUCUCACACUAGACAAAGCAGGUUUACGGGUUUCCAUGGUAAUAUACUCCCUUACUAUGCUACUAAGUAAUGGUGUACGAUGUCUUUGUAAGAACAAGGAGGUCUCGUUAACGUAAGUACGAGAAUGCUGUUUAACAGUUUGUUAUUGGUGCUAAAACUAUGACGCAUAUCAUCCAACACUCUUUAGAGCAAUUUCCUAUUGCAUGUGACUUCAUUUUCUCGCAUAUAUCUAAUUUAUGUCUUCUAAGAUGGAACUUAUAAUUCAUGGUUUUAUCUUUAAGUGCAUCUGUUUUAUUGUUUUUGUUCAUAUUUAUUCAUUUCUUUCAUUGACGAAUGAUUAAUUACCAUCUUUUGCGAUAUGUGGAUACACCAUAUUUAGGAUAAAUUCAAGAUUAUUUACAUUUAACGAUAUAUGUGUCUCAAUUAUUACGAAUACAAAUGAAUGAUGUAUUACUAUUUUGUUUUGAGGCUCAUUACCGUCGGUGAAUUUCUAAAUGGCUGUAAUGGCGUUGUGUCAUUCGCGUUACCACCUGUUGUAGCCGAAAGGUGGUUCCCACCAGGAGAGAGAAUUACCGCAUCAGCUAUUAUAGCACUUGCUGCAUAUGUGGGCGAUGGAAUUGCAAGCAUCGCUGGCCCAAAGUUGGUGGAGAAACCAAUAUUUGCCAAUAUCAGCAUUCUAAAUAACUCAACAGAGACAACAGGUACCACGAAAGUUACCAAUGCCGAUGAAAUCUUGGACGAAUUGAUGAUCUACCUUUAUAUACAGUGUGGGGUAUCGGCAGCGUUGUUUAUUGCGACCCUGGCAUACUACCCCGAUAAACCACCCUCUGCCCCCAGUACCACAGCUAGCAUGUCCCGCCUUACAUACAAGGAAUCCUUCCAGAAGCUGUUUAGAAAUAAACACCUGGUAUUGCUUGUACUGGUGUUUGGUGUGAUGGUCGGUACCUACACGUCUUGGUUCCAGGUGAUUGACAUGAUAUACGACCCAAUUGGCUUUUCACAGCUGAGCGCAGGAUGGAUAGGUUUUUAUACCGUUAUGACGGGCAGUAUUCUAGGGUUCUUUAUAGCAAGAUUUUCUGAUAUAUUUAUGAAGCGACUUAAGCCUGUCCUUUUAACUAUGUUUUCCUUCACCAUAGCAGCCUCUUUAUGGACAGCGCUAAUAGCCAGUGAAUUCCUGCCGUACUCUACUUGGCAAUUGUAUGUAUCUGCCAUUGUGGGCGGUGGUCUACUGAAUGCGUCCUUUCCCCUGUGGUAUGAAGUUAUCUGUGAAAUCUCCUUCCCUAUACCCGGUGGAAUCAUGAACGGAAUGUCCGACUUCGUCUUCUUGCUCUUUGCCAAUGGAUUCUUCGCUCUCAUGUAUAUACCUAUGACAGACCACCGCUGGCUGACGUGGACUAUGUUCGUAUGCUCCUUGGUGGCUUUUCUGACGUUAGUGUUAUUACCAGUCACUUAUAUUCGGACAAAUAUCGAUAUCGAAGCCAAGGAAGAGGACGCUAGUCGGGGCAAGGAAUUGGACAAUAUCACGAUCACUCGACCAGAGGAAGAUAUGGAACAAUGACAAUCACAAAGGGUCCAAGUGUUAAUGCUUGAUUUAAAACAAAUAACGUGCAAUGUCCUACUGAGGCACAAGAGCUUCUUUACUUUCCAGAUAAGGACUGUUUUCAAAAAUUCCAUUCCGUAUGAGAAUCUACUAAUUAUCGCAUAAUCCAUAUAAGAUAAAACCUGUUUCUCCGGAUCUCUAGGCUAAUGUAAGGUAGACUCUGUUACUCCGGAUCCUUAGAUUAAUGUAAGGUAGACUCUGUUACUCCGGAUCCUUAGAUUAAUGUGAGGUAGACUCUGUUACUCCGGAUCCUUAGAUUAAUGUAAGGUAGACUCUGUUACUUCAGAUCCUUAGAUUAAUGUAAGGUAGACUCUGUUACUCCGGAUCCUUAGAUCAAUGUAAGGUAGACUCUGUUACUUCAGAUCCUUAGAUUAAUGUAAGGUAGACUCUGUUACUCCGGAUCCUUAGAUUAAUGUAAGGUAGACUCUGUUACUUCAGAUCCUUAGAUUAAUGUAAGGUAGACUCUGUUACUCCGGAUCCUUAGAUUAAUGUAAGGUAGACUCUGUUACUCCGGAUCCUUAGAUUAAUGUAAGGUAGACUCUGUUACUCCGGAUCUUUAGAUUAAUGUAAGGUAGACUCUGUUACUCUGGAUCCUUAGAUUAAUGUAAGGUAGACUCUGUUACUCCGGAUCCUUAGAUUAAUGAAAGGUAGACUCUGUUACUCCGGAUACUUAGAUUAAUGUAAGGUAGACUCUGUAACCCCGGAUCCUUAGAUCAAUGCAAAGUAGAUUCUGUUACUCCGGUUCCUUAGAUCGAUGUAAGUAAACCUUUUCACUCUGGAUCCUUAGAUCAAUGUAAGGUAAACAAUUUCGAUCAAUCAUUAUCGCGAUGUGACGUUCCAUGCUUAGAAAAGUUGGCAAAAUUAAAUGUUUAAAUGUUCGGUAUUCUUUAUGUUUGGUAACAAAUGAAUUGGUUCAAAUACGUUUGAAAGAGUCACAUUGACCUGACGCCAUAGAGAUGUCAUUUCUAGGCAAACAUGUCACAGUUGAUCCGAUAAUCAAGGGAUUAUUCCCAAUGUUAUGAUUCCAAUGAUAGUUACCGAUGAUAUACAGAGAAAUUAUCUUAUUUCCCUGGGAGAUAUAUCUGGUGGAAUCGCUGAGAAACCUGGUCAUCUUCCUUUUGAGAACUUGACGUUACCUUGACUUGGCAAAUGUCGGCGAUGAAACGUAACAAUUGUUUGUAAUUGAAACCUUUUAAAUUAGUUUUGUGUAUCUUAUUUCGCGUUCAUUUUUGAGUUUUUGGGAUUCUAGUCAUAGCAACAGAGAAAACAAGUUUCAUAACGAAACCGUAAUUCUAACUCAAAAUCAAUAAAGAUAUAGACUUUCACAGAAACGCUUGAACCAAGUGUUUCAGGAAGAGAAAACGCCUUUUGCUUCAUCGACGAAAUCCGCGAUUCAAAUCUAGAUCAAAGCAGUGUAAGUCAAAUUCUCACAUUUAUAUGAACUAUGGUAGCCGCAACGGAACAACUUGGCAUAUCAACAAAUAUCGAGCACGUCUGACGUCAUAUCAUAAAAAAUUAUGUUUGAAAUAAUCUGAUGCUGCCACUUAAACUUAACCAUGAUCGUAAUCAACAUGCAUCUUUCGACACCUUGUGUCCUUAAAUAUGGAAUCAACUGGGACAUGUAUACACCGUAGUCGGGGGAAGCAGGGAAGUUAUUAUCGAUAGGGUUAGUAUGAAUCGGAUAUAUAUUUUCCCAUGACGGCACUACACAAGUGUCCUUACCUUAUUUCCCAUAACCCUUGUUAUUAUGUUUAUAUGAUAUAGAACUGCUUUUGGUAACCUUUUAGAAUGAUGCAUAACAAUGUUUGUCUGCCGGAAUAUGAUAACAAUGAAGUAAACUAUCACACGAACUACUAGAGUGUUAUUUAUCUUUAUACUGGAUUGUUUUCAUCUAUUUAAAGAACUGAUUCAUAGAUUAAUUGUUGAAAUGCGU